AUGUUUUCUGCCCUCGUGGCGUCCACCUCUGCUCUCCGUGUGCCUGUGAUUCUCGAUACCGGUAGUCCGGAUUUCUGGAUAUCAACGAACGUCACAUUCGAGAACGCUAUCAACACCAGUGUUAUUAGUGGUACGAAUUACGGUACGAAGGGAGGCCAGUCCAGGGUCAGUGGAUAUAUCUUGACGGCGGAAGCCGAGUUUGGCGGCUUCACUGUUCACAAUCAGACUUUCGUCGAUGUGACUAACAUGACUACAGAGGAUGGCACUGGGCUUCUGUUCCCCGGUUCGCUGUCGAAGGCAAAGAGUCCGUACAACGGCUCGCGUCCCGUGUCCAAUAUCUUCGCUCAGUACCCCUACUUCCCGCCUCAAUUCACGAUGCUCUUUUCACGGUACUACGGCAAUAACAUUACAUCCUCAGGUGGCGAAUUCACAUUUGGCGACCCGAUCUCUGGAUACGAAUACAUUGAGGACGCACCCGCCAUGCCCGUGAUCGACAACUUCCUCUUUGAACAGCCAACCGGCGCGAAGAACCUCACGGCAAUCCUUGAUGCUGGGACUCCUACUGCCUUGAUGGACUCAGAGUUCGUGGACAUGCUCUACGCGCUUCUCCUCGGUGACAGUUUCUUGCGUAACGUGUACACGCUGUACAACCACAACCCAAACAGGAACUGGGGCAACACGACUAGACCAUAUGUUCAGAUGAUCCCCCUCACCGAUCCCAACGAGGCAUGGGCCAACUUUGAAAACUGGAACCAGCAGCGACUGGAUAGCUGGAAGAACAUCUCCAGCAUCGUCAACAAUUACGAUUCCUCGGACAAUUCGAGCGACUCCAGCAAUGAUGCCAAAGUGUCCACGGGUGCACAUCUUGCGGGCGACGUUACAGACUCUACGCCUGCAUCUUCGUCCUCGCCCGACUUCUCUACGCUCACGCGCAACUCAUAUAUCAUCCUCGGCCUUCUUGCUGGCGUGCUUGUCCUCGUGCUAGUCGUCCUUGGCGUCUCGUGCGCUGGCCAGCGCUCCAAGACGGGUCAAGGCUACCGUGUUGUUGCCCCUAUGGGUGAGCAGAAGACAUUUGUCUCGAGCUACUCGGAGUGA